AUGGAAUCUCCGACAUCAACGUGGCGAAACCUCAUUCGAUUCCAAGAUCAGUUGUCCAAGGAACACUACGGAGAUGCUGACACCACAGAUCUGGACAAGUUGAUAGGUUCUCGUGUGCCGACUUUUGAAGGCCCGUUCAACAAUCUACACCCAACUGGUAGUUCGGCCGUUGUUCAUAAGCUUUUGAGCCCAGUCCCUUCUCCGCCUUUGAUCGUGUGCGUUGGGCUCAAUUAUGCCGAUCAUGCUAGAGAGGCUAAUUUGUCAAUACCGCCCAACCCAGUCAUCUUCACGAAACCGGCAGGCAAGAAAGCAGGCUUUGUGCUGAUAGAUGAAUCUUUAGAUGCUGUGACCGGCCCUGUUUCUGAUAUUCUUGUGCCUUCCGAGGCACGUCAUUUGGACUACGAACCUGAACUCAUGGUUAUUUACACAAUCUCUUCACAGGCAGAGCUAUGUGUCGUAAUUUCACGAACAGGAAAAAACAUUCCAGAGGAGAAGGCCUACGAUUACAUCCUAGGUUUCACGGCGGGUAACGAUAUAUCGUCUCGUUUUUGGCAACGGCAGCCGUAUUCUGGCGGUCAAUUCUGCUACGCCAAGUCUUUUGACACAUUUGCACCACUGGGUCCUACUCUGCUUCAUCCAUCACAGCUCCCAAGAGGAGAGCACCUUGAUAUAAAGACAUUCGUCAAUGGCGAGAAAAGACAGGAUUCCAAUACGGGGGAAAUGAUAUUCAAUGUUGAGAAGAUCAUUGCUCAUGCUAGCUAUGGCACGACUUUGAGGGCUGGGACGGUUAUCAUGACUGGGACGCCGGCUGGCGUAGCUGCGAAGCUCCCAGGGCAGCCUUGGUUAAAACACGGGGAUAUCGUAGAGGUGGAAAUUGGUCGUGUUGGUCGGAUCAAGAAUCAAAUUGUGUUUGAAUGA